UCCACAGUGAGACUCAAACUGUUCCGCUGGCGCGACUUCAAUUCUGUCUCCCCUGCACCGGUACCUGCACGUACGCAUUUUACGAAGCUGGGCGGACGCAGACGGUGACCUUGCCCCGCUCCUCAUGGCCUACCCGGGAUACGGAGGAGGGUUUGGAAAUUUUAGUGGUCAGAUGCCUGGAAUGCAGAUGCCGAUGGGACAGCUGGUGCCAGGACCAGGGCCACAUGUGCCCCCUGGUGGAUACUUGGGAUACCCAGCUUAUUCCAACAGUUAUGCCUCAGCAGAAGACCCCAUGUGGAGGUACUUUACUGAUGUUGCUGGACAGGAUGGUGAAGUGGAUGCAGAAGAACUUCAGAAAUGUUUGACACAGUCUGGAAUUAGUGGAACUUAUGCUCCCUUCAGUUUGGAAACCUGCAGAAUUAUGAUUGCCAUGUUGGAUAGAGAUUACACAGGAAAAAUGGGAUUUAAUGAAUUCAAAGAACUAUGGACAGCCCUUAACGGCUGGAAACAAAACUUCCUAACCAUUGAUCAGGACCAGAGCGGCACAGUGGAGCACCAUGAACUGAACCAAGCCAUCGUGGCUAUGGGUUAUAGGUUGAGUCCUCAAACAUUAAGUGCUAUCGUUAAACGUUACAGCAAGAAUGGCAGGAUCUUCUUUGACGAUUAUGUCGCUUGUUGUGUGAAGCUUCGAGCAUUGACAGAUUUCUUUAGGAGAAGAGACCACUUACAACAAGAGGUUGUGAAUUUCAUAUAUGAUGAUUUUUUGCAGGGCACUAUGACAAUUUGAAUGCCUAGAAUUUGAAAGCUGAAGAAAAUACAGUGAAUGUUUCUGACUGGAAGAAAUAAACUGGACUAUAGUUUUUGAUUUAAAGCUUUUGGUGGGGCUUUUCCAUGUUUCUACCUGUCAGAUCUCUUUCCUUUAUUAUAUAUAUAUAUAUAAUAUAUAACUUUAACUUGUUAUAUAUACAAAAUAAUGUGUUUUUAUUAUAGCACAGAAUUCAAAACAAUAAAAGAUGUUUUUGUAUUUGGGAUGUUUCUGCUUUUAGAAAAGUUAUCACUUUAUGGAUAUCUGUAUAAUGUCAUCAGAUAUUGCUACAUGAUUAAUUGAUGUAAAUAUCUUAAUUUUUAACAUUAUAUAAGAAGCCAAAUGGUAAAAGCCUAUAUAAAACUAAUUUAUACUUACCUGAAGGUUACAAAUUUUACUUUCAACCUUUGUUGGGAUUUGAAGGUGAGCUAGAAGGGCAAUCCUGGAUUUUGUGCCAUAAUCAUAAUGGGAUUUGUUCUUAAUCACAUUAUCAGAGAACAGAAACUCACAGGUCUUUAAUGCUGUAGUUUCUAAAAUUUUAUUUUAAAUUGCCUUAGGUGGGGAAUAAAAUAAUAUAUAAUGAAAUAAGACUAUAGGAGGCAUGAUUUUUCCUUUUUUUUUCUUCACAUACUUUUUUCAGUGUGUUUUGUUGGCUUCUAUGAAAAAAAGUUUUUAGGCAACUUUUCUCUCUGCACUUUAAUUUGUUACUGAAGACACAGACUACCUAAAAUGGCAUCGUUUGCUAAAUCUAGAUUUUUCUGGAGAUGAUACAUUUUAAUGAAAUGCCAACAUUUAGAUUUGUUCUGUUAAACUAAAUUGUUGUUUAUAUAUGAUGCCAACUGUUCAUAAAGUUAGAAAAAGUCAAGCAAUAUACCACUUUGCUUAAAUAUUCAAAAAUUAUAAAUGUGACUUUACUGACAGCAUUCCCUGGUGGUUUGGGCAUUAGGAAACCAGUAAUUCUUUUGGCAUCUGUGGGGUGUGGAGCAUCGCAGACGCCACACCGCAUUUCUGUGUGGGGGGAAUACUCUUGCAGUUGCAAAAUUGGGUUACCAGGUUUUUAGCCUUUAAAAUCCCUGGUGUAAGCUGUUAUAAUUAAGCCAGCCCCUUUCUGGGCAAAACUUUAAGUCCUUCUUCAUGAAGAUUUAAUAAAACACAUUUUUUUCUUACACAUGAACUGAAUAUCUUCUCCAGAUUACAUGGGAGUACAGUAGUCCCCCCGAUCGAUCCAGGUGGAUACAUCCCAAGACCCCCAGUGAUGCCUAAAACCAGAAAUAGUAACUAACUCUCUUUCUACUGCGUUUUUUCUGUACAUACACAUCUGUGGUGAAGUUUAAUUUGUAAAUUAAAUGUAAUAAGAAAUUAACAGUAGCAAUAUAUUGCAUUAAAAGUUACAUGAAUGUGGUUUCUUUCUCUGUCUUAAAAUACCUAACUACUGCACAUGCAGCGUGGAUGUGCUGGCCAAAGGGGUGAUUCGCGUCCCGGGAGGGAUGGCCCGGGGCAGCUCAAGAUUUCUUCUCCCUUUUCAGAACGGCGCAAUUUAAAAUUUAUGGGUUAUUUCCGGAGUUUUCCAUUUUAUAACUUCAGACCACAGGUGACCUCAAGUAACUGAAACCAUGGAUAUGGGGGCACUACUGUAUAAAUAGACAUAAUUUUAAUAUGGCUGGUGACCAAAUUAAUACAUAGUUUUUAUAAAACUAUGUUUCUUUAAAAAUGGAGGAUGAAUGGUUAGUGGUAUCUUGCAAAAAAAAACCAUGUUAUGAACAUAUAAUUUUAAAUCAACUUUUACUUAAAAAAAACCCUGGGAAAUGACAUAGUCAUUUUGAAGUUGAUAAUUUUAUAUACUUGACAAAUUCAUUUGGUCAGUUUUAUAAAAAUAUGUAUAGAAAUAAUCCAUAUAAUUUGGUCCUCUGGCUGUGAAUUUUUUCUUAAACAUUUGAUAAUGUGAGAUGGUAUUAACUGAACCAUAAAAAUCAUUUUAAAUGGAAUUGUUGUAGGAAAAAGCUCAUGUAAGCACACUGUCAUUCACACCGAAGGACGAUGGUGUGGCUCAGCAGCUUGGAGUCUUAACGUCCAACUGUAGGUGGUUCAGUUCCUGUACUGUUCUGAAGUCAGUUGUGAUUGACUAGAAUAUUAUUAACAUGUCAUGUUAGCACGGUAGUUUGUACUGGUUAAUUCAUGUACUGGCUUUCUUACGAUCUAAAUUAUUGAAUAAUGUACACUGUUAAUGUCUAAGCUUUUAUUUGUACAGUAAACACGUUUCCAUGUCAUUUUGAGAAUUUUUUUAAUAAACAUUCAAAUAGCUUGCUGUAAAGUUUUGUAUCAUACAAAAUCUGUUACAUACAUGAGAUGCUUCAAUUCAAAUAACAGUGCAGUAACACCUACUAUACCUAAAAAACUGCCAAAUAAUGAAAUGUCAGGUAUUCCACUUCUAUUUCCAGUGCCAGUUUACACAUUUUAAAUUACAUUAAGGGGAAGUCAAUACUAUUAGAAUGUUAACUUGGUCCACUUUAAUUGUAAUCUUAAGGACUGUGCUCAUUUGAUCUAUUUAAGCAUGCAUUCAGAAACAAAAAGUAAUAAAAAUGUCAAGUGAUAUGUUUAUUUCUGGAAAGGACAUUUAUCCUGGAAGAAAGUAGAAUUUAUUAAUGUAGUUUAAAGUUUGUGCAAUUAAAAAAAAUAACAUCAACUUGCAAUUUUCUUUAAGUAAAAUAUACAAAUCAACUUUGGUUGUAAUCUUACGGCAUUACUAAACUGGACAAACACACACUGCCAGAAAUGUGCUUUUCCUUGUCUUUCCA